UGUCUGUGCCUCGGCGUCGCGCAAACCCCUUGCAACAGGCUGUUCGUGCGGCCGCGGACGAGCAGCCUCCGCCGCCUGCCCGUCCGUCCGCCAGAUCGCCAACCCUUGCAGCAGCAUCAUGCUCGCGGCCAGAGGGGGCGAAGGCGAGUUGGAGCUGCUCUACCGCAAUUACUGCGUCCGCCUCAAGCACUCGCUGUUCAUCGGCUGCAUUGGAGUGGCCGCUUCUUUCACCCUGGUGGUCGUCGUCGCCCUUCUCCUCCUUUGCCAAGAUUACUCGUCAUGCUGGCAAGAGGUGGUGGUCGGCUCGAGUUUGCUGCUGCUGCUGCUGGCAACGCUGGUGGUCGCCCACACGCCCGCCGUGCAGAACUCGCUGCAGCUGAGCGCCAGCCUCGGCCUCCUUGUCUUCUGCGCCGCCUUCGCUUCCAUAAUCCUGCUGGUGGGCGGCUGCGACUCGAGCCGCGCGGUGCCGCUUUUCACCCUGUUGCUUGCGGUGCACACGAUGCUGCCGGUGCCCCGGGCGCUCGCCAUCGGCCUCUCCAUCGCCGUCGUCACCACCAACGCGGCCCUCGCCGUCAGCAACCACUACGCCAGCAUGCACGUGUUGGCCGACGCGAUUUUCCUGGCGAGCGCGAGUGCGACGGGCGCGUACUACCAGGCGCUGACCAACGCGGCGCACCGCAGGACUUUCAAGGGCACGAGGACCUGCAUCGAGUCGCGAGUCAAACUCGAGUGUGAAAAGGAGCAACAGGAGCAGCUGCUGCUCAGCGUCAUUCCAGCCUACAUCGCAGCCGAGGUGAAGCGGAGCAUAAUGCUGAAGAUGGCUGACGCGUGCCAAGACAUUUGCAGCAAGCAGACCAGAUUCCACGACAUGUUCGUUCAGCGACACAAUAACGUCAGCAUCCUGUACGCGGAUAUUGUCAACUUCACGCCACUCUCAGAGAAGCUGACUGCCUCGGAUCUCGUCAAAACCCUCAACGAGCUGUUCGGCCGAUUCGAUCAAAUCGCACAAGAAAAUCAAUGCAUGCGGAUAAAAAUCCUGGGCGACUGCUAUUACUGCGUGAGUGGCCUGCCCGUGUCGCGACCCAACCACGCGUACAACUGCGUCAAAAUGGGCCUCCAGAUGAUCGAAGCCAUAAGGUUUGUCCGAGAGGCGACCGGCUUCAAUGUGGACAUGCGGAUCGGCAUCCACUCUGGCAACGUUUUGUGCGGCGUGCUGGGACUGCGCAAGUGGCAGUUUGACGUCUGGUCGGACGACGUGACGCUGGCCAACCACAUGGAGUCCGGAGGAGUGCCGGGGCGGGUGCACAUCACGAAGGCGACGCUGCUGCAGCUGGGCAGCCGCUUCGAGGUGGAGCCCGGCAACGGCGGCACCAGGGACGCCUUGCUCGACGAGCACAAAGUCGACACAUACCUCAUCAUUCCGCCCACGCACUCUGGCGAAAGCGACGCGACGGCCGACAAAGGGCGCGGCACGCACGCCAAAAUGACAAAGUACAUCGAGUGCUGGGGCGCAGACAAGCCGUUCGCGAACAUCACGGAGAAUAUGCUCGCCAAGAACAUCGGCCUCACGAGCAUUGCUGCCGUCGAGUCGAAUUUGCUGCCAGGCAAGAACUCGUGUCUGGACUGUGGAGGCUCCGAAGAUCUCAACCCGUUGCUGCUGUGGUUCAAAAGCCGUGCUCAGGAGCAGUUGUACCGCAAACAGAGCGACUCAAACUACAAGUUCUACGUGCUCGGCGCCGUCAGCCUGUUUGCCAGCAUCGCAACCAUCCAGAUCUUAAUCAUUCCGCUGGACUGGCUGCUGCUGUGCACGCUCGGCGCAACGUUCGUGGCGCUUUUGCUACUGCUCUACCUCAGCUGGCUGAAAGAGCCGUGCUCGUUUGCCUCGUUCUCGGGAGAGGACGGGGUCGGCAUUGUCGGCAGUUCCGAGGGGCUCCGACUUGCGAUUUUCCUCAUCGUAGUCGCACUCAUUUCAAUUACGUCACUAGCGCCUGCGAUGUACGACUCUAAAAUUCAGCAAGUAGAGGAGCUAAUCACAUACAAUAUCAGCACAUUUGAAGUUGUCGAAGCAAUAAACCAAACUGCAUCGGUUGGAAAUUCAACCUUUUUCACGAUAACACCAGUUUACAUAAAAAGCUCUGUUCUAUGUUUGGCAUCGAUUUCUGUUUUCCUGCGCGUAAGUUUGUGGCUGAAACUGUGUUUGCUGGCUGGCGUCACGGUUGCCCAUCUCUGCACAUACAUAACUCUUUGCGCAGCGCAGUUCAACGAAUACUAUCUAAAACUGGACGACGGACUCACUGACCUGCCGUUCGAGGCCCAGAUUGUCCUCUGCUUGGCACUUGUGACGUCAAUCCUGCACAUUCUCGACAGGCAAAUUGAAUUCACCUCGAGAGCCGAUUUCUUGUGGACCUCAAAACUUAAGGUUGAGCAAGAAGAAGUCGAGACGAUGAGAGGGAUAAACAAAAUCCUGCUGGAGAACAUUUUACCAGCGCACGUAGCUGAAAAGUUUCUCUCGCCGACCCCAGUGCAAAACCAAGAUCUGUACCACGAGCGGUACGAAUGCAUCGCGGUCAUGUUCGCGUCCAUCCCGAACUACAAGGAAUUCUACGACGAAACUGACGUCAACAAGCAGGGCCUCGAGUGCUUGCGCUUACUCAACGAAAUAAUAUGCGAUUUUGAUAAGCUCCUGCUGAAGCCAAAAUUCAGCUGCAUUGAAAAGAUAAAAACCAUCGGCAGCACGUACAUGCUGGCUUCGGGCUUGCGACCAGGAAAAGAAGAGGAUGGAAGCAAGGAUGUGUCCAGACAAGAGCAUCACGUGGUAGUGCUAGUGGAGUUCGCUCUGGCACUCAUGUCAAUUUUGGACCAGAUCAAUAAAGAUUCAUUCCAAAGGUUUCGCCUCCGCAUAGGUUUGAGUCACGGCCCGGUCAUUGCUGGGGUCGUCGGCGCGCAAAAGCCCCAGUACGACAUCUGGGGCAACACUGUCAACGUCGCGUCUAGGAUGGACAGCUGCGGAGUCAUGGGCAGAAUGCAGGUGACCGAGGACACGGCGCGAAUUUUGAUGGGCUGCGGCUACGAGUGCGAGAGUCGAGGGCUAAUCUACGUCAAGGGGAAAGGCCAGCUUACAACUUACUUCGUGAAAACGCCAUUUGACACGCAGUCAAUGAAAUAAUAAUCAAAAUAUCUAAGUGUUCUCUCAGACAGAACGGUGUGAUCGUGCAAUUUUUAUUUUUCCUACGCUUCUCUCAUUUUUCAAUGCAUUUCUAGCCACGAUACGACGUUCCUCAUAUUCAGAAAAGGCAAUAGUUAGGUUAAAGAUGCUACUUGUAAACGUGUUUAGCUCAGAUAAACUGUCCGUUGUGCUUUUAAUUUUAGGUUUUUACCAUUUUGUGUACAUUACAUCAAUAUUUUCGUGGCAAAUUGAUCAAAAUUAAGUGUUAGGAAAGGCAAAUUUCAAGGCAAUAAUUGUAAUAUGAAUAUUUGUUUGAUAAUUUUAUCCACUGCUUCAUCGUUAAAUAAAGAUCAAGUUGAACCGACGCCGGAAAA